AGAAUAGAGAACUGAGAGCUCAAAGAUACAUUCCAGUCUUGAAACAGAAACAGUCUUUCCCCGAUCCCAAAAACUAACACAGAUAAGUGAGCAACAUGCCUUCCAGAGCCGCCACAAGCCCUUUGAACGUUCAGAUGAUGGUCGUCCUUUGCAUCGUGUGCCUGGCGCUACAAGCCGUUGCUGCCAACGCCACCAGAAGUAAGAACAAUGUCCCCCGUCGCUUCCCUCGUGCCAGAUACAGGGUUGGCUACAUGUUCGGCAAGCGGUCAUCCAGUGAAACAUACAGCACCAACUUGAUCAACUUGCUAUCCAGGCAGUUGGUGAGUCAAGAAGAGUUAAGAGCAAUUCUCGAGAAACAGCCUAUACUUCUGGACGAAGUAGUGAAGAUUCUAGAUCGAAACGAUGAUGGUUAUAUCACGGUGGCCGAUUUGCUCUGACGGUCAUUUUCAGACAGGUCCAAGUCUUUUGAGUCUUCUGGACGGCUUCCCUUCGCCUGAGCCGUGAUCAACAAAUUAAUACUUCGAAAAAUUCUGCUGAUUUGGUUAAUCUUUUUCUGACAAAAAUUACAUAAAGCUUUUUUCCAAGUUG